AUGGCAUGGCUUUCGUUUGGCGGUAAAAAAGAUAGCCAGGCCCCGGCUCCUGUUCCCGGUGGCCAAUUGCAACAGCGCUCCCAUCAGCCGCUUUCUGUUCUGCCCGAAGAGCUGGACAUUGAGAAUACCUUGAACCAGAUUGCUACCUCGCAGACCCAGCCUGAUGUCGAGUUUGCCAAGGCAAAAACCAUUGACGAAAGCAAUGCUGCUGUGGAUAAGUUUGUUGCUCACCACCCCAAGAGAAUGUUCAUCAUUGACGGGGAGAAGUACGCCAACGAGUCCAUCAUCUGCACCAACGAUGAGCGUGGCGAGAAGACGUGCUUGCGGUUGAUGUACAACCUGAUCCAGCUCUUCAAACAGAUGCAACGUCUCGAGUACUUCUGCUCAUUGCCCAAUGACAUCGACGCCACCUACUUUGAGUGCCGCAAAAUUACAUAG